UCCCGCUGCUUUUUUCGCCUGCAAGAACGGACCUCACUUUGAAUUCACACAGACUCCGUCAAUCCUCCUUUUUCCAUCCGUUGCCUAGAGAAACCAUUCUAGACUCUGCUGUAAUCAACCCUGACUCCGUGGUUCUGGGACAUGACUAGGAGCAACCUUAAGUCACAGAAAUGGAUCGAGGCUAUUUUUCACGGAUGACGGAGCAAAACGCGUAAAUUUCUCUAAAGAAAACAGAUCAAGCCAGCCAGGAAGUCAGAAAUCGGAAAAGUAAAGCGCAUCCGGUGCAUUUCAAAAUAAGAUACACGCAAUCAGAUCAUAAAUCAAGAGGUGAAACAUAAGUCAGGUGGAGGGUCUUAGAGAUUGGCAAUAUGGACGACGAGAAGUUGAUUUUGGAAGUGGAAAAACACAAAAUUUUCUAUGAUGCCAAUCAUCCUUUUUACAAGGAUAACGGCAGGAAGGAGAUGGAAUGGGGGGAGGUAGCAGCAGUCAUUGGAAUGGAAGCUGACAUUUGUAAGGCUCGGUGGAGAACUCUCCGGGAUUCCUUUGUUAAACAUGAAAGAAAAAGCUCUGUUGGAAGUGGAUCCACAACUGGGACCCAAAAGGAAUGGAAAUAUAAUGAACUGAUGUCCUUUCUUACGCCUUUCCUGCAGCCAAGAAGAUCCAAACGCAGCUUGCAGGCUUCAACUUUAGUAGAUGUAGAUGGAGAGAAAUUCUGGACCCCUCUGUCACGAGCUGGAUCUGAGGAGCAAUCCACUACCCAAGAUACUUUGCAGCAUCAAAGAACUGCAUCAUCACCCUCUCCUCCCCGUAAGUCCCUCAGCCCCAGUAGGAAGGCAGCAGAAACACGGGGUCAACAUGGUGCAAAGGAAAGCAGGAAGAGGAGCUCCAUGCAAGUUACAGACCUCGAGGAGCGAAUCAUUUCUUUUUUAGAAGAACCACCUACGAAACCACAUGUGCCUAUUACUGAACAUGAUGAAGCAUAUCACUUUGCUCUCAGCACUGUGCCAAUGCUUCUCAGUUUAAAUAAAUGCAGACGACGAAGGGCCAAAACCGAAAUUCUAAUGACUCUAGACCGCCUUAAUGAAGAGCAAGAACAAGAGGAAACAGCUGUUCCACUUCAGUAUUGAUAUGGACGUCCAGGUUAAAACAAAUACUUUUCUAAUUGAUAAAAAAGGAACUGCUGUCCUGAAUCAUCACAGUGCGUGGAAAUCAAAAGAUGACCUUCCCAGAGCUCCCCAUAGUUCAUCUGAAUGACGACGCCAAAUGAUGAGGAUGGUUUAAUUGAUUACAAGCUGUAAAAAUUUCAUUUUCAGGAGACUGACAAUGUCAUUUUUUUGUGAGGCCAAUAAGACGAUGAAUCAUUUUAAAUUGUUUUCGACACCGCGCUUUUUAAGUUUAACUUUUUCUCAGUAAUAUUUUCAUUCAUUUGUUUUUAAAGCAUCAAGAAUCCAAUGAAUGUAUGUGCAUAUGGUUUAACCAAAGCUACGGUUUGUAGAGAGAUCAAAGGAUCCUAAUUUGCACUGCUACCAGUCGUUAAAAGGUUAUAAAACAGUUUACAAACAAUAGAACGACUUAGAUAGUCAUAAAUAAGUCAAGUAUUUCGCCUUAUGCUAGUUCUGCUGUUGUUUUUGGUUCUGUCUUGUUUUUUCCUGUUAACAGAGACCUUAAAUCAGGGUUUUAUUAGCUUUAGGGGCUGGAGAAAUCCUCUUCGAACAGAACCUGUUUAUGUUCCUCUUUUUGUGAGUAUACAUCUCACACAGCCAACCAGUACUUCAUCAAUCUCCUUUUUGUUGCAGUUAAAACUACUUCCAGUUGACUCUCAUCCAAGCACAGAUAUACAGCAGAUUUGGAUGCUUAUCGAAUAAACUUUGAGAAAACAAAGAAAACUCAGUUUUGUGGUCAUUUUGCUUAAAUUAAGCCUAAAUUGUCCAAUCUGCCCCCAUUUUGUACAGUGUAAUGUUUAUGUUUUUUUUCAAACACUAUUUGUUCUGAAGAAAGGCCUGUAGCGCAGUUUUUGACCUCGCCAAUAUUCUUGUUGUUUCUGUAUGCUGCCACUGUUUAUUUGCUUUGCUUCUGACACAUCUACACCCCCAAAGUAUGAGACAAUAAGGGGGAUCUCUAGUUGUCUUACAUGUAUUUAAUUCGUUGACUCUUUCCAAUCUUCUUCUUGUUUUGUCUGUUAAAUAGAAAGUGGCUGUUUAAAACUUUGUAGGGACCCCACUUAUAAAGACAAAACUUCCCACUGGCUGAGCUUCCUGCAUCUCACAGUGGGCUGACUGUGUUUGUCACUAGUGCUGCGCCGAUGCCAUUUUUUUGCCCCGAUACCUGAUAUCUGGCU